AUGGGAAACAUCAUCAAAGAACAUCAAGGGGAUAUGGUCACUACAAAAGUGGCGAGGGUCAUAUACAUUGUGAAGGAAGCUAUAAAGGCAGCAUCUGGCUUCGCUCUUGCAGAUGUUCUUCCUUCUAUCAGUUUGCUUCAUCUCUUAAGUGGAAUGAGGCCUAAACUUGAGAGGCUGCAUAAAGAAGCUGACAGGAUAAUGGGAAACAUCAUCAAAAAACAUCAAGGGGAUAUGGUCACUACAAAAAGUGGCAAGGGUGAAGCAGAGGAAGACCUAUUAGACGUUCUCCUUAAAUUUCAUGAGCAUGGAAAUGAGCUUGAGUUUUCCCUAACUACUGAGAACAUCAAAGCAGUUAUCUUGAAGAGUAACCAUAGCACAAACCGCGUUGUAGACAUACUACAAGUAGUGUAG